CAGUGUGUUGUUAGGCACACGUUGUGGUUGGAUUGUGAUGGAUCGUGCAUCUUUUCUGUAAAUAAACUAAAUAGAGAUAAGUAUGGCCGACGAUGCAGAACAACAACCAGAUAACAUAGCAACAGAAGGAGAGGAAAAUCAAGAAAAGGAAGAUAUUCAUGAAGAUGGCGAAAAAGAAAUCCCGGAGUUAACCGUUACUGAAGAACUCACGGAAGAUGCUGAGGCAUUAAAAAAUGAGCUCAACAAAAUCGUGGUGCAUCCCCCGACUAUUGACCUAUCAAUACCCAUGAAAGAGUUUGAUCAAACAGAAUUCCCUGCCUCAUAUAAAGAAAAUUUACCUAAAGAAAAUCUGGUUCUACAAUAUGCAGAGAACUUUCGAAGACAAUAUGUGCAUUUGUACAGGGACAGAAAGCCGUUGUUGCUCAACCCUGUCAAUGAAUGUGGAACAGAGAAAUUUGUAUGUACCACUAUAAGGCCCACACAACUUGAAUUCAAAGAGCUGUAUAAUUGGGAAGGAGCUGCUGAAUUUGUUGCGGAUUACCUCAACUUUGAGACAUUGGAACCUCAAACGGAACUGCCUCGAAGACUACUGUCACCAACCACCAUCCUGAAGCGCCAGAAAGGAAACUGUUUUGAUUACAGCACCCUACUCUGCUCCUUGCUGAUAGGGGUUGGAUAUGAUGCCUUGGUAGUCAAUGGUUACGCCACACGAGAGACUUGCCUGGCCGACGAGUCGCGGGAAAUCUGUCCUCUUAUGAAGAAAAAGGAGGAGGUUAAAGAAGAGGUUCAAAAGAAGGAACAGAAAAAAUAUGCUGUAAAGGCUCCCAAAGAUUUACGCAGCAAGUUCGAACUAAAACAAGAAGCGAAAGCAAAAGCUGAAAAAGAGGCUGAGGAGGAACAACGGAAAAAGGAAGCAGAGGAAAAAGCUGCAGAGCUAGAAAAGCCCCCACCAGAUCCCCUAUAUGGUCUGCGAGUCCAUGCCUGGGUGCUGGUCCUAGCUGGACGUAGGGAAGUCCCAGAGAGCUUCUUCAUUGAGCCCUUCACAGGCCUAUCCCACCCAGUGGACAGCCCGAGCUACCUUGGUAUUGAAUCUGUAUGGAAUGCGACCAACUUCUGGGUUAAUAUGCAGGACUGCUCUGAUGGAGUUAAGGGUCUUAGCUAUGAUCUUGGAGACUGUACAAGGUGGGAAUACAUGUUUCCUAUUACUGAGAAACCUUUGCUGAAGAUUCCAGAUGUGGAGGAUGAUAUCGGAGAUCUGGACGAUGAUGAGGAGGAAGAAAAUGAAAUGGACAAACAUCUGGACAUGCCUCCAUCCUGGGUGGAGCCAAUCAAACUCUCCUUACGAGACUUCCAGAUGAGGUGUCCACAGGGGAAGAAAACUAAACUAUAUAAGCGUGCCAAGCUAGAGAAGUUUGCACACUACCUGAUGAAGGAUGGCCUGGUGUCCAAACUCUCCAUGUACGAAAACCGUGAAUUGACUGACUUGAUCAUGGUACGCGAGUACUUUGCACAUCGUGUGGACAAGCUGUGUACCAAAGUCCACAAUCAUCGAUCUGGCUGGAAUACAGAGUUUUUCGACCCUGGAAGACACAAGUGUCUAAAAGAACACCAGUUUAAGGCCAGCAGCCCUGGCCCAGAGAACGACAGAAUCAUGUUGUUUUACGAUGAGGCAAGAGUGGACGGACUGGUCAAGCGAGUGGAGAGUCUGUCCGAGAUGAGUGAGGAGUAUAAAAAUAGGGAUGACUUCCUGUACUUCAAACAAGUAGAGUUUGGAAAACGGACAAAGAAAUUUGGUCCACAGGAUGGUACUGGUGCCAACAACAUGCGACCCAUUGUGAAAAUGAUUCAGAAGUUUCACAGAAAUCCUAAAAAAGUGGCGAGUGAAGACAUUGCUGAGCUGAUGUUCCUGGUGUCCGAGGACAAGAUCCAGCUGACUUACCACACAGAGGACCCACGUAUAGCCUCUUCCACAAGAGAGUUCCUCAAACCUGCCAACUGGGACGAGAAAGGCGCUACCCUCACGUUCAACCCUGAGAUGCAUCAAACUUUCCAGGUGGAUCCAACCUCCCCGAUGAACAAAAAUGUGGAACUGUACGAGAUGCUGCUGGAAAUGCUAAAAGCAGAGGAGAAAUGUCGUAACGAGGUCCGGGAGUCCGAAGAGGAGGUCCGUGAAGUGUUGAAUGAGAGAACAAAGGAGGAGACAGCAUCUGAGCUGGAAAUUUCUGUGUAUGACACAGACAGGAAUGAGAAGGCCAAGAAACAUAGAAGAGAAUUGGAGCGCCUACAAUUGGAGGAGAGAAUGCGAAAACAAGAGAUGGACAUUGACUACCUGGCUCCAUUCCUUGCCCAGAUGGGCAACCCAGAUAAAAUCACCAGGCAACAGGCCUACCAGCUCAAGGAAGACUGUUUGGGCGAUCUCAAGAAACGACUAAUUGACAAAGCCAACCUCAUUCAAGCCAGGUUUGAAAAGGAGACCCAGUUACUGGAGAAGAAGCAGGCUUGGUACCAACAGAAUCAGGUAGCCAUGUCUAAAGACGACGAGGAAGCCUACCUGGACUACUGUAGUGAAGCCUUGUUUAGAAUACACAUCCUCGAUCUGCGACUUGCAAGGCACAAAGAACAAGCCCCACACAAGUAUAUGCAGCUGGAACAGAAGUUGAGGAGCGAGGAGCGACUCGCUGAAUUUUUCUAGGAGUCUUAUACGAAAAAGAUGUUAAAAUACUUGAUAUAAAAAGAGACAUAUGGAAUUGUGGUAUCUAUAAGCAUGAUACACUGUAGGGUCUGUGUUUGAAUGUCAUCGCAACACAGAUCCAAGCAUUUCCCGAUUGGUCAACUUCUGACUUUUAAGCCUGUGAUAAGUCCUACAAACCAGGAGACAGCUAACCAGGCUUCAACUUGUUCGAUUGGUCAUUUAUAACCAUGCUGGAUAAAAAAAUCAGCCAAAUCUCACUACUUUAUCAUCAAUGUCAACUACUUUAUCAUCAAUGUCUGUCCCUCCACGAUGUAGCCCACCCAGGCUAUUUACUCUGAGGUUAAGACUGUCUCCUUGAAAUGUUGUCUACUUGUAGCCGUCAGCUGUGUUUACACUCCAAUGAAUGACAUUGACAUUGAAAACAUUUCUCUGUUAUUUAAUAAACAAGAAAGAGUGACUUCAUUGUAUAUAAACAUGAAUAUCUGUGAUAACAUGUAUUAAAUAUUAAUUUAUCAUAAUG